UCAACGCGAUCAAUCGGUUCUUGUAUUCCAUAAAAAAAAACAGAAUCUCAGGAAAAACCAUGGCUGCCCAGCGUCUCUGUGUCGCCCUUCUCUUGAUCGCGCUGGCGAUCGCCAGUAGCCAAGCUGCCAUGAAAAAUGACUUGAUCGUUGGAGCUCGGGUUCCCGGCGACCGGGUCAUCCAGGCCGCGAUUGUCCAAAAAUCCCACGCCAUACUCCAAGUCGUCAAACUGAAGAAGACCUUCAUCGGCAACAAUUACAGUACAAUUACGCAAGUUCGGCUUAUGGAUCAGAACAAAAAUGGCAACGGUGCCACUCCUACGAUCAUCAACGGCGGUCCGGGCCACAAUUUCGUUACCGUCGAGUUCAAGAGCGUCCGUGGCCACAGCAUUGAUUUCAUUGUCGAGCUGUACGGGAGGCCCUAGGAUGUUUAGCCGAUUAUCUUCGUGUUGAUUUUUUUACAAUUUGACCAUUGAAUUUUUUAACGAGUUUGAAUGUUUCAACCAUUUUUUGUCUGACAAUAAGUGAAAUCAUGUCAAACACCAAUCUACGGAAUGAAUAAAUUGUGACUCCAUUUUACACGAUUACAUGUGUAA